AUGACGCGCCGUCUUCCGUGGAAGCGCACGAGCGUUGGUGGCGGUGGUGGCGGCACUCCUGUUGUCGGGGCCGCGCGCAUCGCGGAUGAGAGGAGUCGAGUGAUUGGCAAAUCUCCUGCUACAUAUCGUGGCAGCGCGUCUGGUUCGACAGCGAAGCUAGGGCGAGAUCCAGAUGCGACGCAGGGGUCGGCUGGUGAGGAGGAUGACGACGACGACCGCGGCGACGACUGCAAGAUCCACACGGAUGAAGGCGAGAUGGAAGGGAUCAUGACGACUGCCGGAGGCUGGCGGGAUAGUGAGCGAAAUCGUCGUGGAGCGGGGAUGGGGCUGCUUGAUCUGGACCGCGCUGGCUCGACAUCGCCACCUCCAGAACCAGUUCGCGAAAGCUUCAUGAUUGAUGGCCUGGACCACGACGACCGCUGGCGGAUGGUCGAGGACGAGUUCCUCGCCACGGCGCAGCAGUUCACGGCGCACCUGCACGCGGCCGAGUACCAGCGGCUCAAGUCGGCCUCGAGAUCCCAGAACGCGACGACGAUCAGGAACAUCUCGCGGCCCGUGGUCGGCCGGAUGACGGACCUCGUCCGGAUGAAGCAGGAGCGUAAGGCGCGAUCCGAGCGGAUUCGGCGGGAGAAGCGGGAGAUGAAGAAGAAGAAGCAGAAGCAGAGUCUGGCGCUAAAGCGAGAGCGAGGAGAGAACAGGGAUGAGAACAUGAAUGAAGAUGAAGACGACUCCGACGACAGCGCUGGAGACCCGUACAGCAACACCUCCUUGUUUGGCAUGAUGGAGAGACCGCAGAAGACUGCCGCCUUGCUUGGACCGCCGGCCGCGACAGCUGCUACUCGGUCGGCCGCAGUAGCGGUCGAGAGUGUUGCGGUCCCGUUAAGGACCUCGCCUCGUGCCCCUAGGAUCAUCGAACCUACAGCCCGCCCAACGUUUACUAGCAUUCCAGGCCUCCGGAGACGAACAGCUUCGACCGGAGAUCGUGAGGUACUAAAGGAAGUCGCUGUAGAUGACGACAACGAGACCACAGGCAGCGAAGAGGAUCUGGACGGGCCUCCUGUCCGUGUCCGACCUCAAUCAGGGGUUCAGCGUGCUCAUGACGACCAUGACCAUACCGCGCGAGCAACCAAGGCACAAGAAGUCCAUCCUGUCGCGAUGUCAUCGGCGUCAUCACACGGCAAACACGCAGCAGGCGCUCGCACGACACCAAGAGCUUCAUCGCCGCGGAAAGACUCAAAGCAGCCUACUACAGUCGAGGUUUCCAGCUCUACAAGCGGGGAUGAUGAUGAUGACGACGACGAUGACAUCCUCACGAGGCUCAAGAACCGCCGCGCCAGUCACAAAGCCAGCCGAGAUAGGAAGAGCCGCCCUUCCACGGGUUCUACUUACCUGGAUGUGGGGUGA